AUGCCUUCCAACCUGAGAUCCAUAUCUACACAGGAACAGCACGACAUUAAGAUCAAGACCUUUCAGGAUGAUAUUGUGAAUUCCGUCGAACGAGCCUUCCUUUUGCGAGCGGCCCCUGAUGCUUCUGGAUAUAAGAAGGUGGUAGUACAGUUCAUCCACUUCGUCAACAACGACAUCAUUGGCGUGCCAGCCCUGGAGAAAGAGCUUGGAAACGUUUUUGGAUACAUCUACCAUUAUGAGGUUAGGUACGCCGUACUCGGAAAGGACCGGUCGUAUGCGAGUGUCUCACUGGAGAUGAACGCGAUACUGAUGGACAUAUCCAAGACACACUCUUUUGCCGGUAAUCUGGUAAUAAUUGUGUACUCUGGCCACGGUACCAGCGUAAACCACUAUGGCGAGGAGCAACUUGAGGUUUCAGGCAGCUGGGAUAACAAGGGUCCCAAGUUUUUCUGGAAGGUUGGAACUGCUCCCCUAGCUGGUUUCCAGAGCGAUGUUCUUCAAAUUCUCGACUGCUGUCAUGCUGGAGAAGCGUUCAGGUCCUUUGAGACCGAAUUCUUGACGGCAUGUUCUGCGACAAAAAUUGCGUCCGACAAAGUUGCUGUUAGUUUCACAAAGGCUCUCAUUAAUCAGCUGAAGGUCUGUAACGGCCAGCCGUGGACUACCGUUUCUAUCUUCAGCGAGCUCGUACGGAACAAGAAGAAACACGGGCUCAUCGCUACGCCUGGAUUCUUACCUAGUAAUAGCACCGACCUCCCGAUCGUGCUCCGCAAACUGAGAAAGUUUUCAACUCCUCCCCCUAUUACGGGUAGAGAGGAAAACGAAGAGCCAAGGGUGAUCAUCACAGCGCACAUAGAAGAUAAGAUCACGCCAGCGACAGUCCGACAGCUGCAGCUGUGGCUGUCAAAUGGUAUGCCUUCAAACUUACUGAAACUCAAAGUCGAGUUUGCAGGAGUAUUUGACAUGGAUUCAAGUCUCCUUGAGUUCAGAGAGGUUUGGGCUAUGUUGCGAGAUGAUCCGGCAUACCGAUUUGGUGGUUUGGUCAGGAGCGGAAACAGAUUGCUGGAACUAGCACAGGUUGCACAGGCAACACAGCAAAGCGCCACCCUGGCUAUUCGACCUGCUCCUGGAUCCGAAAACAUCAAGCCUGGAUCUCCUUCCAAGCCAUUGUUCCCCAUUACAUAUGGGGAUCUUGGGGUUGAAACGAACACCGUUGAAGAGCGCCUCGAAGAAUAUUUUAGACUUGCAUCCCAGUGGGGAUGCGUGCUUCUGCUGGAUGAAGCCGACGUGUUCCUAGCCAGACGAUCAGAAGAUCAGCUCAAGCAAAACGCACUUGUUUCUGUAUUCCUUAGAGUCUUCGAGUAUCACUCUGGAGUACUAAUGCUUACUACCAAUCAUGUCGGCUCAUUCGACGAAGCGUUUCGUUCGCGUAUCCACGUUAGCCUCUACUAUCCAAAGUUUGGCAAGGAUGAGACCUCCGAGAUUUGGGAAAUGAACCUUAGGCGCAUCAAAGAGGCUAGGGAUGUCGAAGUUGAAAUCGAUGCAGCAGGAAUCCAGUGGUUUUACAAAAAGCACUGGAGAGCCAACGAGAAGAAGACAUCGCGACAUAACAAUUUGACACGGCCAAAGCUUAAGGCUAGUCAUUUCAAGCAAGUCGCCGAAACCAGCAACCAUUUCGAUGACUACUUCGCCGAGGUCUUCAGAGAGGGCGAAGAUCAGUAUGCUGACAUGUUUGCAAUGAUCGCGAAGCGAGAAGGCCUAGAAAAUGAUACGGACCGCGGCCAUAGAACUAGUAAACAAAGCAGACGUCGCGAUCGCAGCGAGGACAGUAGCUCAGAUAGCGCUAGUUCUGACAGUGAACGCACCAAGCGCAAGCACUCCAAGAGGGAAAAAGAGAAGAGGAAAGCCAAGUCCAAGGCAAAGAAGUCUCGACUGUCAGACUCUGCCUCAGAUGAUUCUUUGUCUGACAGUGAGAAAGAAACCGAAUCGAGUGAUACUGAGUCCGAGAAGAGUCGCAAGAAGCGCAAGGCACCUAAGAAAGACACGAAGAAGAGCAAAGGAAAGUCAAAGAAAGAGCCUCGCGCCGAAUCAGGGCAAGAGGAUGCUUCUGACAGCAGUUGA